AUGAUCACCAGGAGACUACAAGAAGUACUUGGAGGUGACGCUAUUAAAGCCAUUCUGAAAGAAGGCAAAACACCAAAGGCUUACUGGGGAACUGCACCUACCGGAAGACCGCAUAUUGGAUACUUUGUCCCAUUGACGAAGAUUGCCGAUUUUCUACGCGCAGGGGUAGAGGUUAAGAUUCUAUUGGCAGACGUUCAUGCAUUCCUGGAUAAUUUGAAGGCGCCACUCGAGCUUGUGCAGCAUAGGACGAAGUACUACGAAUAUGUUCUUCGUGCUGUUUUCAAAUCACUCGGUAUACCGACGUCGAAACUUCACUUCUUCCAAGGAUCGUCUUAUCAACUCACGAGCGAGUAUAAUAUGGACAACUAUCGAUUAUGUGCAACUGUGACAGAACAUGAUGCGAAGAAAGCGGGUGCAGAGGUGGUGAAGCAGGUAGAGAGCCCAUUAUUGAGCGGUCUACUCUACCCUGGUCUUCAAGCUCUCGACGAACAGUACCUGGAUGUUGACUUCCAGUUUGGUGGUGUCGAUCAGAGGAAAAUCUUCACCUUCGCAGAACUUUACCUCCCGCGUUUAGGCUAUCGCAAACGGGCACAUCUUAUGAACGCUAUGGUUCCCGGCUUGAUGGGAGGCAAAAUGUCUUCCUCAGACCCGAAUUCCAAAAUUGAUUUCCUCGACUCUCCUGAAAUCGUGAAGAAAAAAAUCAAAGGUGCUUUUUGCGAGCCAGGAAACGUGGAAGAUAACGGACUGCUCUCGUUCGCCGAAGCUGUGAUUUUCCCGAUCAGCCAGCUCAAAAUUGAUCAGGCAAAGGGUACUGGGGUAAUGGAUGAGGAUGGAAAGGAAGCCCUCUCUACAGAUCAAAGAUCCUUCGCCUCCGACAAUGCUCCAGAAGGCACUCUUUUCACUGUCAACACAAAAUUUGAUGGUCCUAUGCAUUUUUCGACAUUCGAAGACCUGAGGCAGGCUUUCAAGGACGAGAAGUUACAUCCUGGAGAUCUAAAACCUGCAAUGGUGGAUGCGAUCAAUAGACUACUGGAUCCCAUUCGAAAAGCAUUCGGGGAGAGUGAGGAGUUUCGGCAGACGGAACAGCUUGCGUAUCCCGAUCCAAACGCCAAACAACCGGCGAAAAAGAAGAAGGAGAAAGUCUACCAUCCACCUCCACCUGGAAAGGGCAAGAAUGCGAACCCAAGCGAUGCUGUUGCCAAAGUGCCUAUAGGGCUAGAGUCUCCUCCUCCACCUGAAGCUUCCAGUACGUCCUAA